UACGUCAUAUGAAACGGACCGAUAACAUAUCCUUUUGGCUGAAGAAAGAGCUAGCAAGGAAGCAAACUGUUAAAUAAUACUCACGAAGUUAAAAGGCGGAAAUGUCUGUACAUUCAGACACCCAGACAGCUGAGUGACUCGGCCAAAGUUACAGCUGAAGUAGAUAUUUUGCAGAGACUGCGAGUCUUACAAAGGAAUGAGCGAUACUUAUCGAGGAAGUCGCCCAAUUGGCUAGCGAAAAAGUAGCUAGCUCAGCUGCUAGCUGUCGUUAGCGAGGGGAGUUCUUUGUUUUGUUUUUCAGGUGGAGGUCCAACUAAACAUGAAGAGAGACUAUUAGUAUUUAACUUUUACUUAGGAGUUUUAUACGGAUAAGCAUGUAAAGAGUGUCCACAGCGGUAGUUAGCUGAACAGUAACUAAACAGUUUGUGGUGUAGAAAGUAAACAGCCAAGGGGGGUCAACUUUAGCAGCAAAUAUCUGAUUGUUGGCGUGGGUCAGGAAAGGACACGACGACAUGGGUAACUGUCUCAAGUCUCCUACAGCAGACGACAUUUCUCUGCUCCACGAAUCCCAGUCAGACAGGGCUAGUUUCGGUGACGGGACAGACCCGGACCUGGAGCCGCCUCCGCCCUACCAGGAGCAGGCUCACAUGCCCAUGUACCAUCCCACACCCAGUCAGGCUCGUCUGGUCACCCAGCUGACAGAAGAGGAGCAGAUCCGCAUAGCUCAGCGCAUUGGCCUCAUCCAGCACCUCCCUAAGGGUGUUUAUGAUGGAGGGCAAGACGGCUCAGAGAAGAAGAUCAGAGAAUGCGUGAUCUGUAUGCUGGACUUUGUUUAUGGGGACCCCAUCCGGUUCUUGCCAUGUAUGCACAUCUACCACAUGGACUGUAUAGAUGAUUGGCUUAUGAGAUCCUUCACCUGCCCCUCCUGCAUGGAGCCUGUGGAUGCUGCGCUGCUCUCCACCUACGAGACCAACUGAAUUUUCCAUCCCUUCUUCCCCCGAAUCGAUAGAUCAAACACGACCCCCUCCAGCUCCCAAAACCCAGCAGCUGCCCUCUUAUAGAUCGAGAGGAGCUGAAAGAAAAAAAAAAGAAGAAAGUGUUGGCUUUUGUCUUGCACUUUAAAAGUUUCCCACUCACCUAACGUUGGCCUUUCAUACCCCUGGUCUGAUUCCAGAUUGAGCUGGUCUUAAACAUCUGUUACACAAGUCGGUAAGAGACGGGCGUCCCGGUGACCCUGCAUGGUUGUGUUUCUGUGUUUCUGUCAUGCCGAGGCACUCUCCAGCUUUGCCGCUAACACCGAGCAUGUGGCAUUUGUGUCUAAAAGAGCUGUUUGGUGACUGCGUUUCCACUCGAGCGGGUCUCAGUGGCGUUCUCCCCAUCGGCCAGCACCUUUAUUCAUCACUGAUCACGACUUAAAUGAUUAAUUUGGUAAACAAAUUAUUGAUGAGAAUGCUCGGAUGAUUUGCCAGAUAUGUGUUGGCAACAGUGAACAAGACCUUUCAAACAUAUUGAUCUGUUAAACACAUUAAAGUAGCCCUGCCCUUUGGAUAUGUGGGAAUACAUUGCUGACAUUUACACUGUUGGUGUACAAAAGAAGCCAAACAGGAUUACAAAAAGAAAAUACUUUACAGGAGUCACCCAAAGUGUAAAAGUAUACAGUGGCGUACUUUAUUUAUAUCAAAACUACUUCAUAUGUGUCUUUAUCCGUUCCUCUAAAAAUAUAUUUUGAAUUCAAGGGAAAACAAAGUAGAGUUUUGUAAUGUUUGACCAGACGAUGUGUUGUAGCUGACGGCCAGUGUAAAGGGCUCAUUUGUGCAUGGGCAGGCGGAUCAGUCCGUGGAAAUUAGAAGCGCUUGCACACACUCUUCAUCUGAUCCAGAGACUUGCACUUUACUCCUAGGACAUUAUGUAAAACAGUAUAUUAAUAUAUGUACAUUAUAACCUUGCACUAUCAAUACUUCAUUCCUUUUAUCUCCUGAGAUGCAAAAGUUAUAUAGCUGAUAAAGAUGUUUUUAAAGCCGUCAGUAGUCACUUAUCACAUUGAAGUAAUCCUGAACACGCAUUUCAUGAAAUCUGUGAUUCAUAUCCACUUUGUUGUGCAAUGUUUUGAUUGUUCUUUGAUAUUUUUUUUCUUUGUGUGUGUGUAAUUGAAGGGACAGAGGCUUGCUCAGCUUUAAAGGAAUGGUUUGACAUUAAAGCUUCUUCAAAUUCUUGUUGAGAAGAAUUUUUAAUUUCUCACAGAUCCAUUAAAGAAUUCUUAUUGGGCUCAUUUCCAGCUCUAAAUGAUUAUUUGGGGUUUUUCUUUAUAGAGUAACUUUGCAGGAUUCUGAUUGGCUGGCCCUUUAGAACAAAAGUUAUUUACAGCACGUGUUUGUGGCUUCUGUGGUGGCAGCUGGAGCCGUGCACAUGACUGUAUUAAAAAAAUCUGCUCUCGCUGACUUCAUACAGAUCCAAGAGUAGAAAAAAUGCUUGAAACCAAGCCUCUAGAGCAGACUGAGUCUGACUCGGGGGUAACAUCUACAUAUUCUUUAUUAUAUGAAGCUUUUCUCCAUAGUUAAUAUGAACACCACCGAUUUAAAAAGUUAUCUGUGACAGAAAGUAAGAGAUAAACAACAAUGGAUAUGUUUUAAAUACAGAGGGAGAACGUUCUAACCUGGAUCUCACCCAAGUCCAAAUAUGCGUCCCCCUGUAGGAACCCGCACCAGCAUGUUCACCAUCAUCAUUUGUUUCCAUCUGAAGAUGAACGAACAAGAUUUAAGUUGUUUCAUGAUUUAAUUUUAUUGUGGUUUUGUGAUCUGUAGACAGAGCUGGGUGAGCUGUUCCCACGCUUUAUGCUAAGCUAAUUGCAUUCCCUAAUCCAGCUUCAUCCCUAACAGAGAUAACCUUUGUCUCUAAGCAAAUAAUGUUGAACUGUUCCUUUAAUAAAGAAGCAUUGUGUGGCAUAGCUGGUUAAUUCUGAAUCUACAUGAAUACAGUUUUAAAUUCUACGCAAAUAUUGAUCACGUUUUUUUGUUUUGUUGCGCAUUAUUGUCUUUAUUUUUGUAGUAGAUGUUACAUUUAUUGCUUUGCUUUUUAUUUGUGUUGUUUUGGUGGUGUCGGUGUCUCUUUCACGUUUUCUGUUAUGUGUGUAAAA